GCCAUGUCGUAUGAUUUGGCGCUUUUGAUCUUUACCAUUAUUGGACUUUUGAGGAUGCCAUCGUCUUCUGCGCUAUGGAAGACGCUCGUGAAACAAGGCGUGAUAUACUUCGUCCUCAAUUUUUUAGCGAACCUUAUCCUAUUGGUCCUGAAUCGUUUGAACCUGAAUCGUAAGACUGUCACUGCAUUGUCAACGCUUACUCAGUGUAUAUCGUCAGCUAUCAUGAAUGUUAUUUUCGGAAUGCCUGCGGCAUGCAUCUGCACGGUUGCAUCUAACAGAGUGGUCCUCUCGCUUCUCCGCCCUUCGCCCAAUUGUGAAAGUGGCGGCGCCUCGUCGGCUGAAGUGCCCCCUCUGACGACUGACUUCACCGUCACAAUGCUAUGGUCCCCGUCUGUAGCUGAAGUCUAAGGUUAGAAUUACCUCAAGUACUUCAUCAUCCCAAGUUUCACGGGGAUUCGUAUUUCGGCUUCGACGUGUGGUGGUGCACCCUAAACUUGUCUAUCUUGUCUCCAUAAUGCAAGACAUGCCCGCGCUCGCAAGUUUGAUGGAGCCUUCAUAUAUGAUUAGAUCUUGUGGAGGCAUAAAUGAUAGCCCAGCAAAAGCACCCAGCCUUUUGUCCCUCUACGGUUACCGCUACGCUUUCAUUUAUAAGCGUAACAGUCACCUGAAAAAUGUAGCACGCAUAUACCCGUGUUGUUCACACAUGAAGGGACUCUGAGACAAUGAGAC